CCUCAAGAAGCUGUACCUUGGCAACAACUCGUUGUUGACUAUACCAAAUGAAGCAUUCGCCGGUACUACCAGUCUGACUACCCUGGAUUUAUCAAGAAAUUCACUUACGCAUAUUGGAGUGGAGCUAUUCGAAAACCUCCCAAAUUUGAAAACACUUAGAAUAGACCACAACCCAAACUUGAAAGCAUUUCCUGUAACAGUACUCGACUUUAUCUCCCUAGAUACACUUAUUCUUUCAGGAAAUACUUUCAAUUGCAAUUGUCAAUCUGACGUUAUUAAGUUGUCAAAUAUUUUCAAAAAUGCAAGUAGCACAUGGAAGCCUCCGAAAUGUGCUAACACAAUGGAUUUUACAGCGUUAGAAAGUGAAUGUAGGCAUACAAAUAUUUCAGUUACUGAAAGUCAAACACUGUCUAACAAACCUGAAAAAACAACGAAUCAUGAAAGAUCAACGAAACAAGAAUAUGAUACAACGAAUCAACUUGGAGUUACAAGGACGAAUAAAUCAUCUCACAUUAUGUACGUGAUGGUGGAACCAGCCCUGGUGAUAGCACUGGCGAUAGCCCUGGUCAUACUCAUUGUUUUUUGUCUCGUUUUGUGUCUAGUCUGCUUAAUAAAAAAAAGGAAAACAUGCCCUCCACAAGACCAAAGAGAUGAUGUAGGCCAACAAACGGCGACUGAUAAUCCUGACAGGGAUAGAAUGCAAUAUGUUUCCACAAUUUCUUCAUCACUGUUGACAGAAUCACAGGAGCAAGACAGGUUGUUGUCUAGAAACUGUGGAUAUCAGAAUAGUACAAUCGUGGGAGACGAAGUGACUAAUAGGACCAGAAACCACCACCAAUACGACGUACCAUACAUACAUGUACAG